CAAAUAUUAUAUUACGAAGUCCACUUGUUUCGAACUAUUUUUAAACUUUCGUUUUAGAUUUUUCUAAUAUGAUUUUAAAAAAUUAUCAUUAGAUAAUGAUUUCAAUUAAAAAACUUCAGCUACUGAAAAAUCGUUUACAUAUAAGUAAUCUCGAUGAUGAUAUUAUUAAGGAAGAUAUUUUUGUUCAGAUUAUCGAUAAAGAAAGAGUCAUUAAAUUUUCAGUUGUUGGUUUAACUAAGGAUUAUUUACUGAUUUUGACUGUUAUAAAUUUUUGCAAGACAUGUUUGUGUAACAGGAUACCCAGCUGGAAAAGAGGAUGCGCCUUGCUGAGGAAAGUCCCGUUAACUGAUAUAAUAAUUAACAAAAGUAAAAAACAAAUUGUCAUCAAUCAGAAUCGAGAAAAUAAGCGUUUAUAUUUAUUAAUAUUACCUAAUUUACCCGGAUUUGUUUGGUAUGAAUGGUGUGACUUUCUGCAUGCGUUUAAAAUGGAAUUUUCUAAACCGCUCCGUGAUUCUUAUAAAAUUAUUCAUGGAGUAUCAAAAUAUCUUCAAGUGUAUUCUUACUUUGAUUACGAAAAAAUAAAAUCGUAUUCCAGAUUAAAUGAUGAUGAUAAAGAACGUAAAAUAAUUCCAAUUAAUCGUUUUGGUCAAAAUAUUAAUGAAAAUUGCAUUUUUACUUUAUAUUUACCCGAUCCUACAGUACCAGAUAUAUCUGAUCAAUUAUUUUUUCUUUCUCUCCAUUCUUCAUGUAUUACGUUUCCAUUGAAUGGAAUAAAGCCAGUUCCGAUUUUGGAUAUCGGAACCAGUUUACUGAUAAAAAGAACAACUUGUGAAUUAACUCAUUUACGAAAAUGUAAUUCGGAAGUAAAAAUGUCUGAAUCUUUUAAUUUGCGUUCUUAUGUCUAUGCGUCUUUGGAAGAUUUAACUCCUAGUUUUAUAGAGAGAAAAUAUUAUUUAUCUCCUAAUUUAAACUCCUCUUUCGAUAUUUGGAUGUUCGACGAAAAUCCUUUGCUUUCUUUUAUUGGAUACAGUUCGAAUCGGCUGAGUCGACGAUUAAUGUAUAAAGAUAGAAUUAAAAUAAUGAGAAUGCAUUUUAUAAAUUCGACAUCGAAACAAUGGACUCGUGAAAAAAUACAGUCUAUACAAUAUAAAAUCAAUAAAGUUAAGUUAUGGCAACGCAACACUUGGCCCAUCUGCCUAGAGGAAUGCCUUACGGGAGGUCUUUUUAAGAGUAACUGGUCCCUAUUCAGGCGUUACAGACGUGGAGAAAACCCGGAAAACCACGUGGCUAGUAAGUAACUCACGAUCGAACUCUGUGUUCAGGAAACGGAACCGUUGGCCAUUGGUGGGCCUCGGUAUAUCAAAAAAAGCUUCCAAUAUAAAAUGGCACAAACAAAGAUAAGAUAAAAUUUUAAGAAUUAAUAUCAAAUUAGUGUAAGCUAUGUUUUUAAAUAUAAUCACAAUAAAUGAUUCAAACUGUUUGAAAUUCGUCUCUCUCUCUUG